UGUAUCAGUGCAAAGGACCGGACUUGUGGAUAUCCGGAAGACCAUUUGUAUACAUAGUAUUUUCUUUUUCAUCCUUGUUUCGGAAACAGUAACAGGGCGUAGAGGCUUUUGGGAUCCAAUUGUUCUUCUUUCUAGUUGUCUUUUUAGUUCUGUGGUGCAUCAAUGAAGAAACAACGAAAGAAACCAUAAAGUCCAGCGGACAUCAGCAGCAGCCCUUCAUUUCGCUCGUUGUCACAUUUCAAUAAACCUCCCGAAAAGGCAUCGAGUUGAAUCUAUACUUUGCUUAAGCGUGGACAAAGUUGGUCUAUGAGACAGUGAAUCAUGAGACUUACAGGCCCACUUCGAGGUGUAGUUGUGCUGCUCCUGGUGGGGCUCACCUGGCUGCUAGCAAGCAGCCUAUUUGGAGGCGAUAGUGCUUCAUCUGUGCGGCAUUUCUUCAGUGAAUUGCCGCCCCGAAGGUAUAAAUGUGGACUGACGGCCCCGUGUCCUCCGAAGCAUUUAGCUUUCCGUCUGGUGUCGGGUGCUGCAAAUGUGAUUGGGCCCAAAAUCUGCUUGGAGGACAAGAUGUUACUGAGCAGUGUGAAGAACAAUGUGGGCAGAGGACUUAACAUAGCUUUAGUAAAUGGGGUGACCGGCGAGCUCUUGGAGACAAAGACCUUUGAUAUGUGGGCAGGAGACGUUUCUGACCUGUUGAAAUUUUUACGGCCACUUCAUGAAGGCACCCUUGUAUUCGUGGCGUCCUUUGAUGAUGCUGCUACGAAACUGAAUGAUGAGUCUCGACGACUGUUUGAGGAGCUUGGGAGCACAGCAGUGAAGGAGCUGGCCUUCAGGGACAGCUGGGUGUUUGUUGGAGCCAAAGGCAUUGAGAAUAAGAGUCCCUUUGAGCAGCGUAUGAAGAACAGUAAGAGCAACAACAAGUAUGAAGGCUGGCCCGAGUCACUGGAGAUGGAUGGCUGUAUCCCCCUGAGGCCACCACUGGAAGGUUAAUUCUGCCUCUGAUAUGGAUCACAGGCAAAGUCACCUGAUGGAGCAGCAGUGAAACAGAAGGACUGUUUUAAAAAGCCAAGGAGCUGGGUGGUUGAUAUCAUUCAAGAUCAACAGCGAUGAUGACUCUUUUUUUUAAUUUUCUCUCUCUCAUGACAGAGGAAUGAAUUGAAUGCCUUGACCUGCAACUUACUGGUUCACAGGGGGUUUCAGAAUAAGGCUUUGUGAGCUGCUUAUUAGUUUGAACAGGAAUUCUAUCUGGUAUGUUAAAUCCUCAAAGUCCAUAUUACAUAUGAAUGUAAUGUUGACAGUUGAAUUAAUACAGCUGGAGUAGAUCUUCCAAAGCCAUUAUGGGAAUUAAUAUAUUUCCGUUUUUUUUUAAACUUCUUGUAGUUUGUGUUAGAAUAAUGAGUUGACUAGAUAACCCCCCCCCCCCCAAAAAAAUAAAUAAAAUAAAAUAAAAUUAACUGGUUCUU